AUGUGUUUUGGUACAAGUUCGGGGAAACUUAGUCAACUAGCACAUUAUGGUCCUAUUGGUGCUAUUAUUUUGAUUAUAUGGAUAACAAUUAGCGGUUAUCAUUGUCUUAUUCAAUGGUUUCCACCAGAUAUUAAAGAUCCAUUAAGUAUAAUUAAUUUUCUUAUUUAUUGGAUUUGGCCUGUUGUGAUUUUUUAUAAUUAUUUUCGAGCUAUUUUUGUUGGACCAGGAUUUGUACCCAAAGGAUGGAGACCAGCAAAUAAAGAACAUGAAAAAUAUUUGCAAUAUUGUAAUGUUUGUGAUGGUUUCAAAGCUCCACGUGCACAUCAUUGUAAAAAAUGUGGUCGAUGUGUGAUGAAACUUGAUCAUCAUUGUCCAUGGAUAAAUACAUGUACUGGUCAUUUUAAUCAUGCAAAUUUUUGUUGGUUUAUGUUCUAUGCUAUAUUUGGUUGUACACAUGCAUUAUUAAUGCUUUGUCCAUGUAUUUAUCGAGCACUUUUUGCUCAAUAUUAUAUCUAUGCACGGAUAAAAAAUGUUCCAAUUAUUCAUUUUACAUUUACUGGUUUAAUAUCAUGUAUACUUUCAAUUGGUCUUGCACUUGGUGUUAUAUUUGCAGUGGGAUUUUUAUUAGUUGUUCAAUUACGAAGUAUUAUGCGUAAUCAAACGGGUAUUGAAAGUUGGAUAUUACGAAAAGCACGUGAUCGUGAUUAUCGACGUGUAAAAACAUUCAUAUAUCCUUAUGAUCUUGGUUUUAAACAAAAUCUUCGUCAAGUAUUUGAUUGGGCACAAACAUUUAAUGUUAUUGGUGAUGGUUUAACAUGGCCUGUAUGUGAUGGUGCUGAUGAAUAUGCCUUAACACGUGAACAAUUAGAUCAAAAACGUGAUAAACGUCAACGUACUGUUCGUUAUGAGGUUGUUAAAUCAUACAAAGGGUCAUUCAUUACAUUAAGUUAUGGUUUACGUACAUGUAUCUGUAUUCCGUGUACAGAUGAAACUCGUAUACCACUUGAAAAAGGCGAUUAUGUUCUUGUAACACGUUGGGAAAGAUGUUGGAUGUAUGGCGAGCGUGUUUCUGCUAAUGAAAUGAAUAAUAAAAAAGACGAUACGAAUAAGCCUGAUAAACGACAACAUCGUGCACGUGGUUGGUUUCCACGUUGUUGUGCAUAUGAAGCAUUUAAAAUAGAAGAUUUAUGGUCAGGAAAAUUAGAUCCUAAUAGUGAUAUUGUAGCCGCACAAUUUGCAAAUUUUGGUCCAGAAGGAUAUGAUGACGUUGAAGAAGAAGGAAAUAAUAAUGUACAAAAUGAAGACAAUCAUGUAGAAGAAAUAAUACCAACAACUACUACGUCAACACCAUCCAAAAAAUUAAAACAAAGAAAAGUCCGCCAAGAAAAUUAA